AUGGUUCUGUUAUUUUUAACCCUCAAUGUGACUACUAAAGCAAAGCAUCCCUUGUUGACAUCAUCAUCAUCAUCAUCAUCAUCAUCAUCAUCAUCAUCAUCAUCAUCAUCAUCAUCAUCAUCAUCAUCAUCAUCAUCAUCAUCAUCAUCAUCAUCAUCAUCAUCAUCAUCAUCAUCUCAUCAUCAUCAUCAUCAUCAUCAUCAUCAUCAUCAUCAUCAUCAUCAUCAUCAUCAUCAUCAUCAUCAUCAUCAUCAUCAUCAUCAUCAUCAUCAUCAUCAUCAUCAUCAUCAUCAUCAUCAUCAUCAUCAUCAUCAUCAUCAUCAUCAUCAUCAUCAUCAUCAUCAUCAUCAUCAUCAUCAUCAUCAUCAUCAUCAUCAUCAUCAUCAUCAUCAUCAUCAUCAUCAUCAUCAUCAUCAUCAUCAUCAUCAUCAUCAUCAUCAUCAUCAUCAUCAUCAUCAUCAUCAUUUUAUGAAAUUUAUUCAUUUCAUCAAAACAAAUCAAACUGAAAUCAGUGAUUGUUAUAAUAGAAUUUAUUGUUGUACCAUUGAACUAUAG